GGUAUGACAAAGCUGAAGUACUUGGAUAUCAGUUGGAAUGACUUGACAAACACACGUGAUGAUCUGUCUGUUCUUCGUAAGCACGCGAGUGCAUUGACCACAUUAGAUCUCAGGCAAAACAAUUGGCAAAAGCCUGAAGGUCUUCGUUUACGAGCUAUUGGAAGACUUAAAUCAUUAUGCAAGUUCAACGGGGAGGCUGUGACGGAGGCUGAAGCUACUGCAGCGCUACGUAUGGCAGCAGGCUCACGUAUAUCACAGGUAUCUCUGCUGGCGCACUCUCGUCUGGAUCAGGGUAGACCCCGCAGCCUCAGUUUAGCAUCGUUCGCUCAGCUUGUGACGUCAAUGAGCCGUCAGAAACCUGACAGA